AUGGCGCCAGCAAAUUCCCGACGAAGCUCGUCUGCGCUACCCGAAGGGUACCGAGAAGACAGCUCGAAAGGUGACAUGCUACGAUUCGAGGAUUCGCUCCCUAAAUUACCGGUUCCUACCCUCGAAGAGACCUCAAAGCGUUACCUGAAGUCCGUACAACCACUGUUGAAUAAAGCCGAGUUCGCAACAACGAAGAAAACCGUUGACGAUUUCGUGAAACCUGGCAGCAUUGGACAAGAAUUACAAAAGAGGCUACAGGCCCGUCGAGAAGAUCCCAAACACCGGAAUUGGAUCUACGAGUGGUGGAACGAUGCAGCAUACCUCAGCUAUAGAGACCCGGUCGUGCCGUACGUAAGCUACUUCUAUUCACAUCGGGAUGAUAGGAGGCGACGGAACCCAGCGAAAAGGGCGGCAGCGUUGGCUACGGCUGUCCUCGCAUUCAAAAAGCAGGUAGACAGCGGGAGUUUGGAACCAGAGUACAUGAAAAGGCUUCCCAUUAGCAUGGAAUCAUAUCAGUGGAUGUUCAAUGCGUGCCGCAUUCCUGGCAAAGCAGUCGACCACCCAGUCAAAUAUUCCCAUGAAGACCACAAAUACAUUACGGUGGUCCGAAAGAACCAAUUUUUCAAAGUGAUGUACGAGGUCAGUGGCCAACAGCUCAACGCUGCAGAGUUGGAGAGGCAGUUCAAUCGAAUUUACAAGAUGGCGCAAAAGACUCCAGCAGUCGGUGCAUUGACUACUCAAAAUCGUGAUAUCUGGUACUCCGCUCGCGAGACACUUCUCUCGGCGCAUCCAGCCAACGCUGCUGCGUUGGAGACCAUCCAGGCUUCAGGGUUCCUGAUCUGCCUGGAUGAUGCCUCACCAGUAACGUUAGAAGAGCGUGCCCAUCAGUAUUGGCAUGGUGAUGGUGCGAAUAGAUGGUUUGAUAAACCCCUGGAGUUCAUCGUUAAUGAGAAUGGCACUUCUGGCUUUAUUGGCGAGCACAGCAUGAUGGACGGCACUCCUACUCAUCGACUAAACGACUACAUAAAUAUGAUGAUCUUCACCAACAAACUCGACCUCUCCGACUCCAACGUCCGCUCCGACCUCGCUGAGCCUGUGGCCGUCAAAUUCCACAUCAACGAAGUUGUGAACAAGGAGAUCCACCGGGCCAUCUCCGAUCAUGAGAACCUAAUUGCACAGCAUGAGCUGAGGGUGCAAGCCUAUCAAGGCUACGGCAAAGGUCUAAUCAAAAAGUUCAAGUGCUCGCCAGAUGCUUACGUGCAGAUGAUCAUCCAGCUCGCUUACCACAAGAUGUACGGCACCUGUCGUCCCACCUACGAAUCAGCCGCUACUCGACGCUUCCAACAAGGCCGCACUGAAACUUGCCGUAGCGUCAGUGAUGAGAGCGUAGCAUUCUGCGCUGCCAUGGCGGACCCGGAGGUUCCUCCAGAGGAAUGCGUUAAGGCUUUCCGAGCCGCUGUUGACGCCCACGUCAAGUACAUCACUGAUGCAAGCGACGGAAAGGGCGUUGACAGACAUCUGUUCGGCCUGAAGAAGUGCUUGAAGGAGGGAGAGGAGUUGCCAGAGAUCUUCAAAGAUCGAGCAUACGGUUACAGCGGAACGUGGUAUCUAAGCACCAGUCAAUUGAGUAGCGAGUAUUUCAACGGAUACGGGUGGAGUCAGGUUAUAGAUGACGGCUUUGGCAUUGCGUAUAUGAUCAACGAGAACAGCAUUCAGUUCAACAUUGUGAGCAAAGGAUUGGGCAGUGAGCGCAUGAGCUUCUGGCUUAACGAGGCAGCGGGCGAUAUUAGAGAUCUGCUUCUACCAACGACCGAAGGCCCAAAAGCAAAGCUGUAG